AUGAGGUUUGGCAAGAGGGGGAAGUUGAGCCCAAAGUUUAUAGGACCUUAUGAGGUCACAGAGAAGGUAGGAAAGGUCCCUUACAGACUAGCAUUACCCAAUGAGUUGGGUAAGGUCCAUGACGUGUUUCACAUUUCGCAGCUAAAGCGAUAUGUUCCCGAUAAAUCUCAUGUGCUAGAUCCCGAGCCCUUAGACCUUGAUGAGAAUUUAUCUUAUGUAGAGAGCCCUAUCAAGAUCUUAGAUUCUAAGGUGCGUAGUAUGAGGAGAAAGGAUAUAAAGAUGGUGAAAGUUCUAUGGUCUAACCAGCACAUACAGGAGCAGACGUGGGAAAUUGAGGAUUCCAUGCAUGAGAAAUACCCAUACCUUUUUCCUGAGGGGAAAGAGUGGAGUACGAUCGUAGCAAUUAUGUACAAGUUGCCUAUUGCUUGUAGCUUUUGCAUUACCUGCAAAGUUUUGGUUUUUGGAUUGGGUGUUACAUGCGAUUCUGACAUGGCUUGGGUCUAA